UUGUUCUUCUCAUUCAGUUUAGGCCUCGUCCUUCCUUUCCCAUUUUGGACCAUCCUGACUGGUAUCCUUUACUUAAAGCAGUGGUAGUCUGCCUGGUAAUCCAAAAUUCUGCUACAUCCUCGAGAUGAGCAGAAGGUGGACGAUCCCAAAUGGACGAGCACGAUGAUUUAUCAGUGCCACCACCUGCAGGGCCUCCGCCCCUCUUGUCUGAUGAACAGCUCGUCUCCCUCGCUCGCCAAGGCUGGCUUUGUGUUGAUCUGCCGGAAGCACUUUCACGCACUCUGAAAGUGCUCUUUAAUGAUUCCGGAAAAUUCCUGAAAUUGACGAGUCAAGUAAAGACUCGAUUGUACCCGAAAAAGCUAGGCACCGAGUUCGGGUACUAUCCCGUCGAAAACGAAAAGGAGUACGUCACGUUUCGAUGUCAUGUUCACGGCGGUCCGAAAGAAGUCUUGGGUAUCGACCCGCUCACGGCGGCGUCGACGGGGGCACCAGCAGGAGCACAGCUCGAAAACAAUGUCGCCUGGGCGUGGAGAGAGGCGGCGCAAUACCUGUUCCGCAUCCUGUGUGACAUCUCCCGGGCGAGCGAUCUCGACUUUUCCGUAUGGGACAACAUCCUCGACGGCACCUUGACGAUGCCGGGCGGCGAAGAAGAAAUGACUCACACCCUGAUGCGUCUGUUUCGGUACUUUCCCUCGACCGGUUUCGCGGGCCAGCACUCUGAUCUGGGGUUGCUCACGCUGUGCGUCGCGAGUGGCCAAGGCUUGCAGGCGUUGGACCGGGUCGGCUCGACCAGGGACACCCCGGCGUGGGUGGAUGCCCCCGUGGGUCCGGACAAGGCCAUGGUGUUGAUCGGUGAGACGCUGAGGGCACUCUCGUCGAACACCGUCAAUACCGGGGUCCACAGGGUCGUCGGGAAUCCCGAGGGGCGGAACAGUAUUGUUUUUGCCCUCCGACACUCCAACAGACACGACAUUGACUUUGGCCUCUUCGGAGGUGAGGGCGUCAUGACCGCGCAGGAAUUGUGGAAAAGUGUCCAAGUUGGUAAAAUCAACAUCAACAGUGUCAAAGAGCUUCGAGACAAGCAACGCGCAAAGUACGAUGCCGAGAGGUCAAAGGGACAAGUCAGCGAUACGAUCAUCAAUGGCCAGCGAUAAUUCAGAAGACGAUGACACCCGAAAGAAUCGAUGCGCGACUAGAUCCAAGGCACUCUCAGGAUGGCCGACGCAGGACGUACACUUUAUCCCCCCUUGAUAGCCAUUUACCUAACGACAUGCAUUAUGGGCGAAUACCAGCAGGCAAGGUUCAAAUAUUAGAGGAUAUUAAGUUGCCGAAUGAAGCAAAAUUGAUUACCGAAACCGCAAGGCCAAUCAUCUACCACCUCUACAGAAAAAAUGGUCAGAGUAAUACGAAAUAAAAUGCUGAAACUUUAUCUAGAUGAUAAGUUUCAACAACACCGCUGCCACUGAAGUAGACGAUCCAAGUUUUAUGGCAUUUGUUUUGCGUCUAUAACUUCUCCCUUUCUAUACUCACAAACAACCCGUCUACCUUUGCGAGCACCACGCCUUGCUCAUUCACGACCUCGCCGGUGGCAAAGUGCUUCCUCCGCUCGACCCUGUCGACUUUGCCCUUGACGAGCACCACGCUCGGCGUCGG